UAUGUUUGUUUUGAUAUUUUUAUUUUGAGAAACAAAUUUCAUUCUACAAAAUAUUUCAUUUUAACUAUUUUAUUGAAUACACUUUUUUUUUGUAUUAUAUAGGUAGUAAAUUACACUCAACUUUUUUAAUAAUGUAUUAUUUUCACAAUAUUUAACUUAAAUAAAAGUGCUUAGUGUCAGUAGCCAUGUCAGUUAAUUUAAAUGUGUCUCCCAAAGUUUUCCAAGCACUAUUUGAUGUCAAUAUACAAGAACUAUGCAAGCUGUCGGCUAAAGAUAUUCGACCCGUUCUCCCUUGCUUAGUCAGGAUGAGUCUUAUAUCAUCUGCAGAUAAUAUGGCUAACUAUAUUGAUGGCAAAAAAGAUAUCCUUACUCUGUUAUCUGGCAUAGAACUUGUUAAUUCUAUUGUUGCUCUUCUGUCAAUCGAUUUUCACACUUUAGAAAUAGAAGUUAAAAAAGAGCAAUUACUCAGACAAAAAUUUGGAAGCACACAAACCGACAGUGUUCUUAUACAUUCAUUACAAAACCCUUUAUCUCUAGAAUUUGAAAGGAGUGACUCUACCCGGCGUUUAAGACUUGUUCUUAAUGAAAUACUUUAUAUUUCUUCUCAGAUUCAAGAGCAUCGUGAAAAACAACAUAAUACGCUAAACAUGACUUCAUUAAAUUCAGAGUUUUAUACAAAACAGUCUGAUUUAUUUGAUCAUCCAGUAUAUAUUCCAGAAGUCUGUGAUGUAUUAAAUAUUGCUCUCUCCGAACUUCCAGCAAUUCUUACUGUUCAAGAUAUAGCAGAAGUAUUGCUACAUGUUAAACAUGGAUCCACUUUUAUUUGUUGGAUCGUAGCCAAUUUUCCAGACUGUUUUCAUGAUGUUUGUACUAAUCUGAUACAAAAUUCAGAAAAACAUGAAGAAGAAAAUGGUGGUAGUCGUAUUCGUAUGGAAGUUUUAAUUCAAUUAUGUGCAAUGUAUCCACCCGGUGCUCAUGUAGUUCGUGCAAAAUGUGUUGAACUAAGUAAAAUGCCAGCUUUAACUAUUAUGUUGACACUAGACAAUAAAAUUUCUGAUAUUUCAUUUUUGGAAAGUUCUCAAAGCUCAAACAAAAACGAUUUAGUAACAUUUGUAUCGGGUUUAUUACUCGGUGAUGACCAACCAGCAAGAAGCUGGUUUUCUCAAUUUCUACGGCAUAAAAGAAUAAAAGAUUGUUCUGCAAAUACCGUUAUUCAAACCAUGCGAGAUGAACUACUUUUACAAUUACAAAUCUUAUUGAGAAAUGUUAAAGAAGACAAGUUACCAAAUGUAUAUGUUGGUCAGGCUAGUGUUUUGCUUCGUCUGUACUGUGCUUUAAAAGGAAUUGCUGGUAUUAAAUUUCAAGAUGAUGAAAUUACUUCCCUUGUGAACUUAGCCACUUGCUAUCCACCUUCUACCCCUGAAGGCGUAAGGUUUGUUACAAUUGCUCUGUGUACAAUGAUUUGUUGUAAUACUCUGUUGGCAAAUACUGAAAAUGAAGCGAAAUGUGUGCAAUGGUUAAAACGGUUGGCUGGUAGUGAAUCACCAUUUUUCAGAAAACCAACUGACACAACUGCUAGUUUUGGGGAAAUGCUAUUGCUGAUGGCUAUACAUUUUCAUAGUAACCAAUUAACAUGGAUAUGUGAUCAUAUGUGUAUUACAUUGGGCAUGAGAAUCAACAUACGACAAAGCACAAUGGGCAAAAUGAAGCAAAUAUUUACCCAAGAUGUAUUUCCAGAACAAGUGGUCGCAUCAAGAAGUGUAAAUAUACCGGUUACUCCAAAUUUAAAUGCUAAUAUGACGGGAUUUUUACCAAUUCAUUGUGUCUUGCAAUUACUGAAGAGUCAAACAUUUGCAAAACACCGCGUUAAUAUUAAAACGUGGAUUUACAAUCAGAUCUGUGCAAGUGUUCCCCCGUUACAUCCUUUGUUGCCAUCACUGAUCGAAGCAUAUGUUACGUCUAUCCUCAUAUUGCCGAAUAAAUCAACUCAAGAAUUAGCUGUAAAUCAGCCAUUAACAGAAGGAGAAAUUGCAAACGUUUUUGGAGAUAAAGUAUUCGAGCAAACCGAAAAUGAGUCUUUUACUGCACAUCUAUUAGUAUUGUACUAUAUACUAUUGUAUGAGGAAACCAGCAUAUCAAUGGCUGCUCAACCAAACAGAUCACAGUUAACAGGCCUCUAUCGUUAUAAGACUGAGUUUUUAGCCAAUAUUCCAAUCAGAUAUAUUGUGCAACAAGCAGAAAAAGAACUUCCUUAUUCGAGUUUGUUUUCUACGUUGUUGAGACUUUUAGCCACACACUGUCCCCAUUUAUCUCUAGUAGAAGACUGGAUGGAGGAUACAUCAUCAGAUAUUCAAUUUGUGUUACAACUUAAAGCUAAAAACAUUACAGAAGAAAUGAUUGAAAACGGUUUAAAUAUGAUGGUCGAGCGUCCUGAUAGGGCAGGUGUAGUUUUGAAAAGACUAUGUGCUACUCUACCAAUUAAAAUUUGGCCAUUUGCAGCUACUAUUUUAAAAUUUUUGCCUUAUACAUUAGAUUCAAAUGUGUCUAGAUAUAUUCAAGAACUAUACAAAACAGUUUGGUUAAGACUAAACACAGUUUUACCUCGUAGCCUUUGGGCUCUUACAAUCAAAGCUUUACAACAUAACAAUAGUGUAAGUGCUUUGAAAGAAGAAAAUUUAAUGCAAGAUCCCUUACAAGUCUUACAAUGUGAUUCCAGAGUAUAUAGGUGUCCAACUGUUCUCAGUAUUGUUAUCCAUGUAUUACAAUCAUCUUUAGCAGCAUCCAGAAGCCAUUUGUCUCGUUUGGUAAAUCAAAAAUUAUUUGCAGCUGGUGUUUUAGCUCAAGCUAGUACUCGAGAAGAAUAUAAAAAUGUUUUGACUGCGGCUCAAGAUAGCGCUGCCGUCCAAUUAUUGUUAGAAGCUUGCUUAGAAACUGAAGACGAUGGGAAAUCAUUUUCAAGUAUGAUGACCCUACGAGAAGUGCGAAGUGUAGUAUGCUCAUUUUUACAUCAAAUGUUUAUAUCUGAUCCACCAUUAGCAAAAUUAGUACAUUUUCAGGGUUAUCCAAGAGAACUACUGCCAGUAACCUGCGUAGGAAUACCAUCGAUGCACAUUUGUUUGGAUUUUAUUGCAGAGCUUUUAAGUCAACCAGAUUUUCAAAAGCAAAUUUUUGCAAUCGAUCUUAUUUCGAAUAUUGCACAACAGUACCCUUUGCCAAAAUCGUUGAGUUUAGCACGUUUAGCUGUUAGUACAAUGUAUACUUUUCUAUCAGUGUUAACACAGGAGGAUCGUCGAGAACUUUAUAUGCCUACUCUUCCUGCUCUGGUUAGGAUAUGCCAAAUAUUUCCUACCCUUAGUGAAGACUGCAUUAUGUUUCUGAAUCAGUUGGGUCGCAUGUGUGUGUCAGUUACAUCAGUUCGCUCAGAUAUAUUUUUACUGCCUUCUGCAGCUCAAGAGAAUGAAGAAACUGAAGAGCAAAAGUUGAGAAUGAGACGAGUUCCCAAACCAGAUAUUUUUGAUGAACGAUCAGAUGUAGCUGUAGCGAAUAAAUUAUUUGCUCAACAAGUUGAAAAAACAGUUCAAGAAAUAUUACAAAAUUGUUUAAAAAUCAAUGCAAAUAUUUAAUCAGUUCAAUUCUUUGGUAGUUUCGCAACCCUUAACAAAUUGUACAAUUUAUUCAUGGGGUAUAACUAUUUAAUUAUAAUGAUUAUAACUUUAUAUAUAUAUGUAUAUACUUGGAUAAUAUAUUGUAUUAGUGUCAA